AUGUCUCCGCCUAGUAGCCCUCAGACAGGUGGCAAGGGCGGCCGGAAGCCGCUGCUCACGGUGGGCAGCGGCGGUUUAGAUCAGUUCACUUUGGGUGAUAUUAGAAAGGCUGAAAAGACUCUUGAAGAGUCACAUAUGAGUCUUGGGCAGUACGCUCGGAAAGUGGCACAAGGAGAAAUCACAAAGACGACUGAUGAUGAAGAGGAAAAGUAA